AUGCAACAGCCGCCAGCAAACUCGGCUCUAGCUCUCAAGAUCCGUAAUGCGACGUCUGCAGACGAUUAUAUGGCCUUGGGAUUGUCGUCGUGGCAGUCCACAAUGUCCAAGUACUCGAUCGCAGACGUGGUCAUCAUUGAGCAGCAGCUUCGAAGCAAAAAGGAUCGCCGAAAUGAGGAAUUGAGAUGUCUGAUAAACACCACGUACCGUGAUUUAUUGGGUACUACAGACGACAUUCAAUCUCUGAGCGAAAAAAUGACCAAACAACACACACUUUUGAGUAAUCUGAGCCAUGGAGAUAUCAAACAGGAACUGGCUGUAUGUGACAAAAGUCUAGAAAGAUGGGUAAAGGAGACGAAAGCAAACGAGGCUCAACUGGACAAAUCUGCCAUCGAGUCGAUUCUGCGAAAAUUGCUUUUCUUCGCAGACUCCAGAAUUGAACAAUCCAACCUGCUCAUGGCAAGACUGUUCUAUCUCCACUCGCUGGACGGCUCAAACAAACCACGUGACUUUCUCAAGUCCAAGUACCGCAAGCUACUUAUAAACUGUCUCAGUGGAGAAAUCUCGCCUAGUGAUCUUCUCUCCUAUUGCAUUUUUUUCUCUGUGUCUGUGGAGGACGCGUUUGAAGAUCUUUUGAAGCUCCGAUUCGAAGGACUUGAACAGAAGAGCUUAACCAAAGCUCUCACCAGUAUUUCAUACACACUCAAGUUUGCCUCCAAGUACCUGGCGUCUGCUUCCUUGAAGUCUUCUAUUCUAUAUCAGCUGGAAUCUGCCCAAUUUUCCAGUGAAGGCACACUAUGUGAGACCCUCAAGACAGAGCUACGCAAACAGAACAUUGCUCUGUUGCUUAACUGGGACACCUUACCGAGACAAGUUGCUGAGGCAGCGUCUAUUCCUUCUCGAAGCAAGUAUUCCCGUGAUGACAAGUUUCCUAAACGCAUCAUUGAUCUUCUGCAGGAGUAUUGCCGUGACCAGAUGGGACCUGUUUUGGAUCGUGCAUCUACCGAUUCCAUCAAGUCUCGUGAUACGCUGGAGGGUUUGAUUGACCUUCUAAGGGACGUAUUUGGGCUCUUCCGAAAGUCUCGAGAUCUGCGGAAUGCUGAUUUCGGCUCCGUUUUUAACAUCGACAAGUUUUUGCAAGCAUGGAAGACCAAAUUUCAUGAACUGAUCAAGGCAAACCUCGGAGAGGUUGACUUUGGGCUUUUCAAGAACAAGAUAAAGGACAAGGUGUCUCUGGAGGCUAUCAUUUCGUUUGAUUCGCCGCUUGUGAACGCUCUUACUCUUGUGGGAGCAGGCAAGUCGUCCAAGAUCGAUGUUAUGGGCAUUCUCGACACUCGGAACAAGGUCACCGGAUCAUCUGCAUUCACUAUUGUGUCUCAGUAUGAACAGGUGUUGCAGAACGUGGCCAAGAUCCGAGCUGUCCUCGGCAGUCUAAAGGAGGUGUUUGUAAAGGUCAAGGGAUCACUGGAUGAUGACGAUGAAGGUGAUGAUGAGGAUGAUGAGUGGACCUCGAAGCAUGUGGCUCUUCUGGAGAAGGAGUAUACCACCAGUGAGGAGUUCAUCACAACCUGUCUGGCUGGGUUGCAUUCCAAGAUUCUGACUGAGCUGGAGAAGUGUUCUCACAAGACCAUUGAUGAGUGCAAAUUUGUGCUCCAAAUCGCGUUGUCUAUGCAUGAAGCCGGCACCUUUGACAAAAUCAUUGGGGACAUGUAUUCUGAACUUGCUGAACUUAUUGGGACAGAAUUUGUGAGCGAGAUGGGCGAGAACACCUCAAACACACAGUUGGUUCUGUUCCAGUCGCGAGAGAAGCUAACAAGAGUCUUCUCUGGCCCUUCUUCGCUAUUCACUGUGUGCCCUAGGUUCGAGUCGGUAUUUAUGCCCAAGUACUCUGCCAAAGUCGACGUCCAGCCUGAAGAGAAGACACAGAGCGACUUACUUUUUGCUUAG